AUGCUCCAAUUAAAGUCGAUGCUCAACUGUAUUGACAACUCUGGCGCGGCACUGGUAGAGUGUGUUCAGAUUGUCGGACAGAAACGUCACGCAGCCAUUGGUGACCGAAUCGUGGUUGUGGUGCAGAAGCAGCGGAACGCGGCAGCGGAACUGGCGGGCAUGUCGGCGGGCAACAAAGUCAAGCGUGGCGACAUUCGGCAGGCAGUGGUGGUGCGGACACGGUACCCGGUUCAGCGCAAGGAUGGGAGCGUGAUCCGCUUUGACGACAAUGCGUGCGUGUUGAUCAACAAGGCGGGUGACCCAGUGGGCAGCCGCGUGAACGGUGUGGUGGGCACAGAGUUGAGGCGGAAGAAGUGGAGCAAGAUUUUGAGUAUGGCGACCAUGCACGCAUGA